CCCGCUGUCGAAGCUGCGGGUUCAGAAACUAACUUGGACGGUGAACUACCACUAUCUGCGCUUCCAGAAGAGUUGCUGAAAACGCCUCAGACUAAUAGUACAAUUAAACCAUCCGAUAAGACAUUCGAAAUCGCGCGAUCUGGUGCUCAGAAAAAACGGUUACCUUUCGUCAAAACGCCUAAUGAUGCGGAGGUGAAUUCCCCAAUAUCUGCACCAAUGGUCAGUCCUGUACCGAAUCAGGAAACUCUGGCCACUUCACUACCAGCUUCCAACUUAAACACCACAUCGUCUGUCACUAAAGCAUCCGGUCAAAUAGAGAGCACCCCGCAGGAUUCUUUGGGCGAACUUCCAAAAAAGCUUGCACCUUUAGCUACUAGCGUAAACCCAGAUUCACACUCAACCGAGGUCGAGUUAAGUGCAUGCGAUGAAUCCCUAACGUUUGAUCAAUCUUACAGUGGAAUUGAAAAGUCCAAUCAAUCCUCUCUGGCAAUGGGGCACUCUUUCUUGGCAAGUAAAGUGCGGCCAUUCUGUUCGGCCGAGCGUUUGGGUGGGGUUUCACGUCUCAAUUCACUGUCCAUUUCUGCUUCGAGUGGACCUACUCGCUCAAGCGCACUUCACCACACAGGCAAAAAAAGCAGAGCAAAUUCAACACUGAACAACUCACGCUCUGGAACCGGGCUCUCCACCGAGCGUUCUCAGUCGGCACUAGCAUUGAAGGAACAGAUACUAGCCGAAAAACAGCGGAUUUAUCGGGAACGUCUGAAGGAAAAUGCUGAGCGUCUUCGCGCUUUUCAAGAGGCGAAACAACGAGAGCGCGAGGCUCAAAAACGCGCAAACGAAGAGCGCCGUUUGGCGGUCAAAAACAAAGCUCAACAAAUGGCUGAAAUGCAGCGCACGAUUGCAGAGAACAAACAACGACUAGAAAAAGCUCGGGCUCAAGCGGAGGCUGCCAAACAAAAAACCGCACCUAUGCCCAAAUCCGCUCAGCCCCAACCGGCGGUACCAAGGCUCACUCCCAAUGCGACCCAGUCUUCUAUGCGCCUACAAGUUGUCAAACUCCCUUCUUCAACUGUGUUGAAGCCAAUACAAGAUUCUCACCCACAUGCAGCAACCAUGCACACUAGCCAGAACGCACCCAAAGUAAUCGGGACAAAUGUUGAACCCGUACGUCAGCAGCCGAUCGCACACACUACACAGAAUACAUUAGUGCACAAAUCGCACGGUCAGACUGUUGUUCAAGCCACACUCACUAGUACAGUUCAUCCGGAGCCAGUAGUUCCUAAUUUGGACACGAGCGCAAUAAAUGAACCGUUUGACAUGUCGCAGUUGAAAUCGGAUUCAGAUUCGGAUGAAGAUCAACCAGCUCGCAAAAUUCCUGGUUGGUCUCGCAAGGACAAUCGAAAUCUGCUUGAGACGUUGCGGCUCAUACAUUCUGGUCAGUUGAAGUGGCCUUCCGAAUUCGCAUCCGCUACACAAAUGACCUUUGAUCUGGAUGAGGUGUUUAAUGGCUACAAAUUCCAGCACAAGCCACGCACAAGCAGUGGUAUAUGGAAUACUCCCAGUGGGCAGUGCUCUCGUGAACAUUGA